CAGAACUUCACCACCAUGGACCUCUCCUCUCAAUAUCUACACCUCUGACGCCUCUACAAGCUUUCUGCAGCUUUGAAUGGCUGCUCCAGCUUCCCCCACCUCCCCAUUUCUGCCAAAGAAACUCCUCCUUUUCCUCAACAUAUCCUUUCUCUGCCUCCUCUCUUUUUUCCUCCUAAGUUAUGAUUUUCUUGGUCAAUCCAGUAUUGACCGGACCAUCAUUGGUGGCCACUCUUUGAUUCUUCAGGAGAGCAACAGCCAUGACUGCGCCGGCCUUCAUGACUACUCUGGUUAUAAAGCCAAGUGCUUGUAUGUUAGGUCAGAGAUUGGUUGCAGGCCAAAAGGGUACAUAAACUAUCUGGAAAUCUUUUACUGCAAUUUUGGCCAAUUUCCUGUACUGGGCUAUAUUGUUCUUCUUCUUUGGCUUCUUGUUCUCUUCUAUGUAUUGGGUGAUACAGCUGCUAAUUACUUCUGUACUUCCUUAGAGAGCUUGUCCAAAAUCUUGAAGCUCUCCCCGGCUAUAGCUGGAGUCACUCUCCUUUCACUAGGGAAUGGAGCUUCUGAUGUUUUUGCCAGUAUUGUUUCCUUCACAAGAUCUAAUAAUGGAGGUGUUGGCCUAAACAGUGUAUUGGGUGGAGCCUUUUUUAUAUCUAGUGUUGUAGUUGGUGUCAUAAGCAUACUGAUUAGUCCUCAUCAGAUCUCAGUUGACAAGCCUUGCUUCAUUAGAGAUGUCCUCUUCUUCCUCUUUUCACUCUCUUCACUUCUCUUGAUCAUUUUUAUUGGAGAGAUUACUUUGUGGGGUGCUCUUUCUUUUGUUUCUAUUUACUUUCUGUAUGUUUCUGUGGUUUCUGCCUCAUAUCUGUUCAACAGAAAGAGAGAGAGGAAAUUAAACCUCUCUGUCUCAAACACCCUGUCUGUGCUUGGCCAGGAUGCAAUGGGGGAGAUGAUGAGUGUCCCAUUACUGGGUUGUGUAGAUGAUGUAAAGCCUGUUUUGAUGGAGAAAAACAGCACUGAAGAAAAUCAAGAGCGAGGCACAAAACUUUUCAAUCUUGAUUCUUCAACACUUUAUUACUUGGGUAAGCUUUUGGAGCUACCUCUAUACUUGCCCAGGAGAUUGACCAUACCAGUCGUCAGUGAGGAGAGAUGGUCCAAGGCAUAUGCAGUGGUUUCAGUGACAUUGGCACCACUUUUCUUUGCAGAAAUCUGUAACUCUCAGAGGGAGAAGACCAUGCAGUCCGAGAGCAGCCUUGUGACCUUCAUGAUUGCAGGAUUUGUAGGGAUGGUUCUAGGUAAUCUUGCAUUUGUGACCACCAAGAAGUCUAGUCCUCCAAAGAAAUGCCUGUUGCCUUGGCUUGUUGGAGGAUUCCUGAUGAGUGUAUCUUGGACAUAUGUAACUGCAGAGGAAUUGGUGUCUUUACUGGUUUCAAUUGGGAAUAUACUUGGGAUAAGCCCUUCGGUUUUAGGACUCACAGUCCUUGCUUGGGGCAACUCCCUUGGAGACUUGAUUGGUAAUGCUGCCAUUGCAAUGAACGGUGGGGCAGAUGGGACCCAGAUGGCCAUAUCUGGGUGCUACGCUGGUCCAAUGUUCAACACCCUGGUGGGACUAGGCGUGUCACUUGUUUGUUCGUCCUGGCUUGAAUACCCUUCUCCUUUUGUGAUUCCCAAAGACCAUUCCCUUUAUGAAACCCUGGGGUUUCUUAUGGCAGGUCUGCUAUGGGCACUUGUGAUAUUGCCAAGGAAGAACAUGAGGUUGGAAAAGUGCCUAGGGGGAGGACUUCUGACCAUAUACCUUUGUUUUCUAUUUCUAAGACUGGCUAGGGCUCUUGGUCUGCUCGAAAUUUAUCAUGGCUCCUUGUUCACUGGAAUAUUUUUGUAGACUCUUGUUAUAAUAUACAUAAUUUUGUAAAUAAAUUAUUAUAAUCAUCAAUAUGUAUAUUUCAAUUGUUCUUAGUUAUAAUUAGGUCUGAUGGCCAGAAUAAGAGUUCAAUUGUAAG